AAUUGUUUUGCUUAUAUAUUAUGAUCUUUCAUGAUGCUUUCUUUCAAACAAGUACUAAACCUUUUUUGUCUUUAGUGCAGAAACCAUUAAAAGGCUUUUAAAAGACUUUUAUUUUAAAAAACAAGAACGCUCAGAUGACCAACUUCCUGUUAGCAACCAGGCCUUGUGUGACAACGGUUCCUAAGCAGGAUUUGUUGACGUGCUAGCGGUACACAGAUACACAGCAUAUACCAAUAUUGAUCAUUUUCAUUUUCCUUAAGUCAUAUAAAAAACGACGUUCUGUCACAGCGCUCGGAGAAAAAAAAAUCGAUAAUUAGCUCGACAAUUAGCUACCGUUAGUUCAAUAGAAGUCUAAACAUCGCAUUCAAGUGUUGUUUUUAAGUUUAAAAGCCUCAAACUCUCCAAGAUGAGCGAACAGCUCAAACUGAUCGUCGAACAGCUGAACAGGGAACCUUUUAAGAAAAACUUCAAUCUCAUUACAUUCGAUUCUCUGGAGCCGAUGCAGUUACUGCAGACUUUAAAUGAUGUUCUGGCUGAAAUUGAUCCAAAGCAAGCCAUUGAUAUACGUGAGGAAAUGCCUGAGCAGACAGCUAAGAGGAUGUUUACUCUUCUUGGGAUGCUGAAAUACAAACCUCCCGGAGGAAUGUCUGAAGUAAGCAGUUUUCGUCAGGGUUUGGUGAUAGGCAGUAAGCCUGUGGUGCACCCCAUCUUGCACUGGCUGUUACAAAGGAUUCCCGAGCUGAAGAAGAGAGCGUACCUGGCCAGGUUCCUCGUCAAACUAGAGAUCCCUGCUGAGUUUCUCCAAGAUGAUAUCAUUGCUGAGACCUUCCACCAGUAUGAGGAGCUGGUGGGGGGAUUCAAGACCAUCCACAAAGAGUGUGAGCAGAUGAAGAGCUCAGGUUUCUCCACCUCUGAGAUUCGACGGGACAUUGUUGCAAUGGAGGAGGAGAAGGAUCAACUCAUAAAAAGGGUGGAGCGGCUUAAAAAGAGGGUGGAGGCAGUGUCAAACCAUCAACGCAUGCUGGAACUGGCCAGACAGCUACGAGUGGAAAAAGAAAGAGAAGAAUCUCUCGCUCAUCAGAAACAAGAGCAGAAGAACCAGCUCUUCCAGGCAGAGCAGAGACUGCAGAGAUGUCAGAUCCAGCUUAGAGACUUGCAGCAGGCAGCCGCAGAUGAAAAGCCAGAGAGCCUUAUGAAGAGACUCGAGGAGGACAUUAAGUUCAACUCCUACAUGGUGUCUGAGAAGCUGCCCAGAGAGCUGGAGAAUACAAGAAAGGUGGUGCAGUACUUGCAGAAGGUGGCGUCUGAGCCUGCUUUGGGCCAAGCAGAACUGAGGGAGCUGGAGGACAAGAUCAGAGAAAUCAACACCGAGAUCAAUCAUCUGAUUGAGAAGAGGAUGAUGCGUAACGACCCAAUGGAUGAUAAACUCUCUUUGUUCAGACAACAGGCUGCUAUUAUAGUCCGUAAGAAGGAAACCAAGCUGGAGGAGUUACAGGAGGCCCGUGAGGAGUUGGCGGCUGUGGAGAGAGAACUGAACAUGAAGAGCAGUCAGGCACGAGAGCGGGGUGGAGCAGAGCUGAUCCGUGGAGAUGAGUUUAAGCGUUAUGUGGCCAAGAUGCGUGGCAAGAGCAGCACUUAUAAGAAAAAACGGCAGGAGAUCGCUGAGCUGAAGGUGGAGUAUGGUGUCCUGCAGAGGACUCAAGAGAUCCUGAGAGAGCGACACACAGCUGGACAACAGCAGCUGGAGUCUCUGGAGGCUCAGCGGGGGAUCUCGGGCUACAGCGAUACUCAGGAAGAGCUGGAGAGAGUCUCCGCUAUCAAGAGCGAGCUGGACGAGAUGAAGGGACGAACGCUGGACGAUAUGUCUGAAAUGGUUAAGAAGCUGAAUUCGGUGAUAGCAGAGAAGAAGUCUGCUUUGUCUCCGCUGAUAAAGGACCUGAGAGCUCUGAGACAGGAACACGCGGAACUCGCUCCAGAGUUUGAGCAAAAGAAGGCUCAGUAUGACACCUGUGCUGCAGGACUGGAGAGCAAUAGGUCCAAGCUGGAACAGGAAGUGAGGGUACUUAGGGAAGAGACGGCACAGGAAGAAAGCCGAUAUCAUCACAUUAACUGCAUGAGAGAGAUUACUGAGAGUCAAAUAGAGAGGGCGGCAGAUCAGAGUAAGAUUUAUCAGUCAAUGGAUUUACAGGUGCGGAGGACGGCUCUCAGAGAGAAGUACAUCGCCAACACGGCAGAGCAGGAGUCCUUGGGCAAGGUUCUACGUCAGCAGGUGAAGCAGGUGCGAGAGAACCAGGAGCCCAAUAUGAGACAGAUGAAGAUGUGGAAGGACCUGGAGACUCUGUUGGAGUGCAAGAAGCAGUGCUACCUCAAGGCUCAGAGCCAGGCCCCUAUUGGGCAUGUCAUCCAGGAUGUUGGCAAGGAUAUGCUGGUUCUGUAAUGCCAUUUCCCUUCUAAAAGUUGUUUUUCUGGUCAUUACUAUAUGAAUUAUAUAAAUACAUGUAUACACUGUUUAAUAUGUAAAGUAGUGUUUACGUUAAUUUGUAUAUUAAGGAAUAGUUCACCCAAAAAUAAAAAUUUGAAGAAAAAUAACUUACCCUCAGGCCAUCUAAGAUGAAGAUGAGUUCUUCACCUGAACAGAUUUGGAGAAAAUUAGCAUUACAUCUCCUGCUCACCAAUGGAUACUGCAGUGAAUGGGUACCAUCAGAAUGAGAAUCGAAUCAGCUGAUAAAAAGAUCAUGAUGAUCCAAAACUGUGCAAAAUACAAGUCCAUAAUAACAUUUCCUGUGCGAAAAUAAAAAGCCUAUUGUCCUCUCACAUCAAAAUCCAUCAACCUAUUUGUUUAAGGCAUGUAAACAGUUCUUUAUUUGUGUAUAUGUCUCUCCUGAUUCAGACAAGAUGACUCUUUCACUUUAAAAAGCAAUAUUAUUGGUAAAGCACUAGUAUUUUAAUCAGAAACAAUGGUUUAAGGUAAAAACAAUUCUUAAUGUUGAUUUUGUUUCUAACAAGCAUAUUUUUGCUUCAACAAGAAUUAAUGGAAUUGAGUUGUGUCAAUAAUCCAGUUAUGUUUUUAUCAGCUUUUUGGACUCUCAUUCUGUCGGCACCUAUUCAUUGCACAUCCAAAUUUUCAAUUCUGGGUGCACAGGCCUUUUAAAACCGUAUAUUAGUGCAUGUAAAUGCACUCUGAAGUGAAAAAACUUCAGUGAAAGAAUCCUAAGGGUUGUCUACUAACGUUCAACAAGCCCCUAGUCUCGGGUUUGACGCAUCUUUAAGAACAGGGCUCCAGUCUAUGUGUCCAAAGAUAAUGCCCUACAAAGUGCUACACUUAAGAAGUGUCUGCACUCCAGGUUAUUUUGGGAAACAACAGCCAUGACCUUGGGCAGAAUAGUUGUCCAAUUUAGGAAUUCAGUUGGAUCUCCUUUUGUUGCUCUGUUGGGGUAGUGCCACAGUAGUAAACAGACUGACUUGUCCAAUUAUCAUGCGUGAGUAGCUUAUUUACCAAAUGUUUAUUUUCUUCUUCUUUUACACUGUAUGGACAAGUGAAGACUGCUAGGAAACUUUUCAAAAUGUUUCAUAUUCAUAUACCUUGUAAAUUAAAGAUUUAAACCGUUA